AUGACUGCUGCUAUCAUUGCCCACAUGCGUGAAGAUGCAGAGGAUCCUGGAUUCUUGCUGUUGGUGAAGUAUCCGGACAUCAUGCCAUUUGGCAAUGCAGUCACAUUGCUCCUCAAUAGUCCUCAGUCUGCCCUUGUCUGCAAUUUGCCUGAGAAGUGGGUCCAACUUUUUGCCCUUGACCAGCAAGAGGAGCUGGCUGCCUUGUCCACACCGGCCAAAGAGGAGGAGGAAGAGGAUGAGGAGGAGAAGAAGUUUAAGGCAAUGUUGUCUGGUUUUUCGACAUCCCUGGGGAGCCUGGCCAGCCUGCUGGCAAAGGCUGAAAAGGGUAAGGCAAAGGCAAAGGAGACGAUGCUGGCAAAGGCAGUCAUGCGGCACCUCAACAAUGGCAUGGAUAAGACGUCACCUGCAACCAGGGCCUGCAGGAGGCCAAUGAAGGAGGACUCCUGCAAUGCAGGGUGGAUGCCAGAAGAGACACUGUGUAUGUUGUGUUGCAAGCAUGCCAUUGUCAAGGACGGUAAGGUGCACCACAACAAAAAAGCCUUGCAGCACUCCCUUUCAGCAUGUCUCGCCAAGGCCAUGGCUUUGCCUCCAGUGUCUGUGGAGGAUCUUUUCCUCUUGGAGACUCCUGAGCCCAAGCCCAUUGAAAAACCCACUGAAAAGCCUGCCAAGAAGAAAAAGCAGAAGCCGGUGCACAGCUACAUGCUGGUGAAGCCCAAAAAGCAUGAGCAGGAGGACAACAAGGACUUGGUUGGCCUGUCACUCAAGUGGUCCCGCCUUCUGGAGGCCGAGGUCAAGCUGCUGGUCAUGCCGCUCCGUAUGGCAGAGCACAAGAUGCUCAAGCUCCGGAAGAGCCUGCAGAUAGCUCAAAAAGCAGUGGACACUGUGCAGAAAGUGGUGAACACUGCGAUGGGCUGGGCAGAUCAAGUUCAGACUCUCCUGGGGAAAGCUCUGACUGAGUAA